AUGGCCUCUCCCAUGCCCGUCUACUUCCUCCUCGUGCUGGUGCUACUGGCCGGGUGGCCCACGAGCCAGGCGGGCGACUGCAAGGGUCACCGGCAGGUUUUGAGGGGGCCACCGGGUUACGUGACUGAUGGACCAGGGAACUACUCGGUUAAUGGCAACUGCGAGUGGCUCAUCAAUGCACCGAGCAGCAGCUAUCGCAUUGUAUUGAACUUCACGUUCAUGGACACAGAGUGCACCUACGACUACCUAUUUGUGUAUGAUGGAGACUCCUACCAAAGCCCCUUGCUGGCCAGUCUGAGUGGCAACACUCUACCACAGCCCAUUGAGGCCACAUCUGGAAAGAUGCUCCUUCAUCUCUUCAGCGACGCCAAUUACAAUCUGUUGGGGUUCAACGCCACCUACACGUUCUCUGUGUGCCCCGGUGCAUGCGGUGGCCACGGGCGCUGUGACCCAUCUACGCACAAGUGUCACUGCCACCAGGGCUGGGGUGGGUCUGCUUGCACGACACCGCUGUGCUCCCACGCAUGCGCGGCACGUGGCCAGUGUGACAAGAAAGGAGAGCGCUGCCUAUGUAACCCUGGAUUCCUGGGUCACAGUUGCCAACUCGGUCUCCACGAUGACAAUGGGGCCGGGCAGUGGUGGCGCGUCAGUGAGGGAGACCCUUACAUGUCGCCUCGGACGGGUUCUGCUGGUGUGUACCUGUCCUCCACUGGAGCCAUGUACUUGUUUGGAGGAUUUGACUUGAACAGAGCGCUUGGUGACUUGAAUAAAUACAACUUCACAUCCAACCAGUGGGAGAGCAGAUCUUAUGGUUACUCUCCUUUGCCGCGGCAUUCCCACACUGCUGUGGAGUGGGCAGGAUACAUGGUAAUCUUCGGAGGGGAACUAGCCAAUGGCUCCUUGGCGAGCGAUGUCUGGAUGUACCGCCCCUUGCAAGAUGAUUGGCAGCAGCUUGGCUUUCCAAACACAGGGGGCGCCCCCAAUCUGGCCAACCAUGCAGCAGCGGUGGUAGACAGCUAUCUCUACGUAUUUGGAGGUCGCACUGAAGAGGACAUGUUUUCCUCCUCCCUGUAUCGCUUCAGCCUGCGGGGCUCUGGGCGUUGGGAGAUCAUCCAGCCCACUGGUGGGAAGCCCCCGGCCACUGCUGGCCACUCUAUGGUGUUCCACAGCCCUUCUAGGACACUGCUAGUCUACGGGGGUCACCGGCCAACUACUGCCAGGUUUAGCGUAAGGGUAAACAACACUGACACAUUCCACGUAGACCAGCGCUUUUGGACGGCAUUCCGCUCCCGCUACCCAGCGACGGGACCCCGAGAGAGAGCCUUCCACACAGCCACCGUCAUUGGCAACUACAUGGUAGUCUAUGGUGGGAAUGUUCACAUCCACUACCAAGAGGAGAAGUGCUACGAUGAGGAGAUCUUCUUUUACCAUUUGGGCUGUCACCAGUGGGUGAUGGCAGGGGAGAGAUGGUCACUGAGUGGGGAGGCUGUCAAGGGGCGCUACUCCCAUGUCGCUGCGGUGAUGGAGGGGCGGGUGCUGCUGGUUGUUGGGGGUUACAACGGUGUUACCCGAGGAGACUUGGUGGCCUUCAAAGUCCCGCUGUUUGUCAGUAGUAACGAAGGAGACAGGGAUGCUCUGUGCGCCGAGGCCCUGGAUGAAAGCAUGUGUCUGAAGAACCCUGAAUGCAGUUGGUGUGAAGGCCGCUGUCGAGAGUAUGACCCCACUAAUCAGUGCGGCAGCACCGGCUGCCUGGGAUUGGCACGUUUCCUUUCCGACUGUCAGUCCUGCUUGGUGUUCAGCGGCACGCCUGCUACGCUGGCCCGAGCACCCGGUGAAUUCGGCUGGUGUGUUCAGAAUGAGUCUUGCCUGCCUGUGUCAGAGCAAAGUGCGUGCCGUGUGGACCAGAUCUCAGGGGCGUACGGCUGGUGGGGGGAGCGUACCCUUUUCCUAACCUCCCUCCACUCCUGUCGCACCGAGAACUAUGUCCCGGGACUGCACCUGCUCACCUUCCAGCACCCCCGCAACGACUCCCAGCCUGACAAGGUGUCCAUCCUACGAAGCACUACCAUCAUCCUCAGCCCGACCACCGAGAUGGAUGUGGCCCUACAGUUCAGGGGCUUCAUCCACCCUCUGUGGGGGGUGCCCACGACCCCUCCCACCGAGACCGUCUCCAUGUGGGCUCGUAUCCAGAGGCUUCACUUUGAGGCUCGCGUGGCAUCUGGCCCCAACUCCAGCCAACUGCAGGAGGUUGUUGGUCGUUGGGCAGCUCAGCAGGAAAAAGAGUUGAAGUUGCUGUCUCGCAUCGACGGCAGUAAACUGUUUUCCAACCUGACCAGAGGCAACCAUUACCUAGUUCAGGCUGAGGGAUACCUAAACAACUCAGGCUCUGGACAGACCAGUGAAAUGGCCCUCAUCUGGAACAGAACCCUGUCAGGAGGGAGCGAAAUCUCCUUCCUGUUCCUGGAGCCGUACCGCUCAGGUUUCUGUUCAAGCUACAUGUCCUGUCUGGCCUGUCUGUCGGAUCAGUCUUGCGGCUGGUGCCCAUCUCUUUCCCGAUGCCUACUUCGGGACAGGCCCGAAUUGGAGCCAUGUCCAGAAGAGCAGCUAGGAGAGGGAGUUGGAGAGUUGGCUGAGCGCCAUCUGCUGCUAGCACCCCAGCACUGCACCCUUUGUGAAGAGUACAGGGACUGCUCGGCUUGCACUCAGGACCCUUACUGCGAAUGGCAGAUCAACUCCAGCAAGAAGGGUGACUACCAGUGCAGCAGGAGAGGACGUUUAGAUGGGUCCAUACGUCACCCAGCAGGCUGUCCAAGAGUCUGCAACCAGCGCAAGACUUGUUCCGAGUGCCUAUCAAACUCCAGCCAGUGUGCUUGGUGCGAGUCUGCCCAGACCUGCUUUUAUUUCGCUGCCUAUCUCACUAAAUACCCCUAUGGAGAGUGCAGGGACUGGUAUGACAGUGUGCAUUCAGUUCCACAAUGCAAACAAUGUUCCACCUUAAACACAUGCAACGACUGCCUACGGACGUUCCAGUGCGGAUGGUGUGGUGACUACAACAAUCCUACAAUUGGAAAAUGUUUGAGAGGUGAUUGGGCUGGAAUGGACGACUCAUCUGUUUUUAACUGUAGUGUUGCUGUAGCUGAAGCCCGGAUUGCUAACCCCGAGCCGCAGACUUCUGCCCCGCCACGUCCUUUGGAGAUGGAGAUGGAGCUGGAACACAUGGAGCAUGAAGAGCAAGACGCUGUGUGGUCCUACCCCACUUGCCCCGAUGUUGAAGAAUGCCGCCUGGGACUCCACAACUGUCACCCUUUUGCCACCUGCAUCAACACUCCCACCUCUUUUGAGUGCCACUGCGAGCGAGGUUACACAGGGGAUGGCACUCUGCACUGCAACCAGACAUGCUACAAUGAGUGCCGAGAAGGUCAGUGCAGCGGCAGUCCGCGUUUCGAAUGUGAAUGUUCACUUGGUUGGACCUCUGAUCCCGCCACUCUGGUCCUGAGUGGCGUCGAAUGUGAUGUGGACUGUGGCUGCAACUUUCACUCUACCUGUAUUACUGCGCCAGGGAUUUGUGAUGAAUGCCAAGACUGGACUACAGGACCCCACUGCGAGCAUUGCCGCCCAGGGAGCUUCGGCUCAGCCCUGGCCGGUGGCGGCGGUUGUGUGCAGUGUGAUUGUAACGGUCACGGCGACUUGCUACGAGGGUACUGCCACAAUCAAACUGGCCAGUGCUACUGCACACAUAACACCCACGGCCCACAUUGUGAGUCCUGCCUGCCUGGUUACUACGGUGACCCAAGGAACAAUGGAACAUGCUAUCGCCAGUGCCAGGGCCGCUCUGUGCUGCUCUCCUCCACCACCUCAUCCCCUGCCAUACCGCUCUCGUCCUCUCUGGGUUGGCGGAGUGGCACGGAGGGGAAAGGUGGACUCUCCCAUUGCCUGUGGGUCCUUUUGGUGACCCAGAACCUGGCACCGUGUCUGCCCAGGCAGCCGUGUCCACCGGUUGCCCUCACACUGCAUCCAGAUUCCCAUACCCAUUGUGAAAGUUCUUAUGUGUAUGUAUUUGAUGGCCUUCCUCGUUUCCUGGACAAUGGCGUUGUACAUUCAGACCACAAUUUGAUCGGGGCAUUCUGCGGCACCACAAGGACGCAGCCUAUCACUGUUGUGGCCACCUCAGGUGUGAUCUCUGUCUAUUUUGAAGCCAACGUGUCAUCAAACAAACCCCAAGGCUUUAACGCGUCAUACUGGGUGCGGCGGUGUCGCGACAAUUUAGACGAGGGUGACGACGGGUCACCGCAGUGUCCUGGUGGCGCGCAAUGCCGAGGGGGGAUUUGUGAAUGUCCUCUGGGAUACGGAGGUCCCCACUGCAAUCGUCCCGUGUGUCCCCAAGACUGUGGAGUCGCGGAGGGCCGAGGAACUUGUAAUAUAACUCUGGGAGUCUGCGUGUGCUCAGAGAAUUGGGCUGGCUCGGACUGCGCUGUCCCUCGGGACUCCAACAGCCUGAUAUGGGAGACACUGCUGGAUACACAACUGACAGUGAACCAGGCACACAGGUUCCUCCACAGAAUGGGCCACUCUCUGGUGUCUGGACCUUACGGUAACCUUUGGAUGUACGGAGGACUCUCUCUUUCUGAGGGCAUUCUGGGAAAUAUUUACAGAUAUUCUGUAUUGGAGCGCCGUUGGACCCAAAUGUUGACAAGUUCAGCAGAUGAGGGUUCAACUCCAGCCCCUCGCUAUCACCAUGCUGCCGCUCUGCUAGGCAGCUAUGAAACAGGAACCAGUCAUAGCAACAUGCUAGUAGUGGGCGGUGUUACUCAGCACUCAGUUGCCUUGGACACUUGGAGUCUUAACCUCAGCAGUUUGGUCUGGAGAGAACACAAGAGCUCAGUGUUGCCCCCAGUGGCGGGCCACACACUGACGGUGCGUCGUGACAACUCAGUGCUCUUGAUCGGCGGUUACUCGCCGGAAAACGGCUUCAACCACAACCUGUUGGAGUUCAGCCCUUACACCGGAAAUUGGACCAUCGUAGCCCACACGGGCACGCCACCAACAGGCUUAUACGGCCACUCGGCCGUUUACCACGAGCAAACCGAUGCCGUCUACGUGUUUGGAGGUUAUCGUUUCCAUGUCGAGGCCGUGGAACCAUCGGGAGAGCUUUAUAGCCUGUUCUACCCAAAUUUUACAUGGUCUCUCCUGGUACCUUCACAGGGUAAUAAGCCCCUUUCCCGUUUCUUUCACGCUGCAGCCCUAAUGAAAGACACCAUGGUCAUCGUCGGAGGACGGACAGAAUUCGAGGAUUAUAGUGACUCAGUUUCCUUGUAUCAGAUCAACUGUAACACUUGGAUCCAACCAGAGUCUGCCAUCGGCGAUCCGGUCAAUCGCUCAGUGUCUCUUGCCAUGGCGAGCUGGGGUGGCAGUCUCAUUUUGUCCGGGGGUUUCAACGGGGUCACUUUAGGGCGGCUACUGAAUUUAACCGUGCCCGCUGAUCCAUGCGCCGUAAUGGCCACGCCAGAGUCAUGCAACACCACCACUGGCAGCUGUGUUUGGUGCCGAGGGGUCUGUGCGUCUUCAGAUAGUGCUGAACGAAUGGGUUGUUUCUCUGGUCAGUCCCCCUGUUGGCCUACUCCUCGCCAGCCAGAUCAGUGCCGCAGACUUAAAACCUGCAGCGAAUGUCUUGCCCGUCACCCAAAAACUUUCUCCGGCCCAUUGCAGACUGCUUUCCAGUGCAAGUGGUGCACCAAUUGUCCCGAGGGGGCUUGCAUCAGCAACUCUGUGAGCUGCACAUCUGAACACGACUGUCGCAUCAACCAGCGAGAGAUCUUCCUCUCCAGCAACUGCACGGAAACAAGCUGCGAGGCUUCCGACUGCCCCAAGUGCACAGCGUCAGGCAAAUGCAUGUGGACCCGCCAGUUCAAACGCACAGGAGAGACGCGGCGCAUCUUGAGCGUGAACCCCACAUAUGACUGGACCUGCUUCAGCUACGCCCUGCUCAACGUUUCGCCAAUGCAGGUGGAAUCGUCUCCUCCGCUGCCAUGCCCUCCACCCUGCCACACCCUCCUCAACUGCAGCCUCUGUCUGGGCUCCAGAGGAUCUGACGGGGGCUGGCAGCACUGUGUGUGGAGCAUGGCUCUGCAGCAGUGCAUGAGUCCUUCCUUCGUGCCACUGCGAUGUGAAGCGGGCCAGUGCGGUCGUCUUCUUUCCGGUGGCGACUCUUGUUCUCCCCAGUGCUCCCAGCUCACCCAGUGCUCCCAGUGCAUCGCCAGACCCCAGUGCGGCUGGUGCUCCACGCUGGGGGGUAACGGAGCAGGGUACUGCCUUCAAGGGGGACUUAAUGGAGUGAGUGAGGGUGUGUGUCCACUCAGGAAUAGCAGCUGGUCAUUCCUGCACUGUCCAGAGGAGGAUGAGUGUGCAAACGGUCAUCACCACUGCAACAGCACACAGGACUGUCAUGACCUUUCUCAAGGAUACCACUGCACCUGUAAACAGGGCUACAUACUCAGCAGUGUGAGUGGCCAGUGUGAGCCAGUAUGCGCACAGGGCUGUGUGAACGGGACGUGCGUUUCCCCUGGCGUGUGCCGCUGUCACUUUGGCUUCGUGGGGGACAACUGCUCUUCUCAGUGCAGCUGCAACAAACAUAGCAACUGUGCCAGUGUCGCCAAGCCUGACGUCUGCCUCGAAUGCCACAAUAACACCAUCGGCAAACAUUGUGAGAAGUGCAAGCCGCUGUUCGUGGGUUCGGGCAAAGGCGGUGGCACUUGUCGGUCAUGUCGGGAGUUCUGCCGGGGGAACAGCGCUUUGUGUCUGUCUCGUGACGAGCACAAGAAAGCCCAGGAGAACCCGCGCCGCUUUCCUCUCGAACCCAAUAGCAUCCAUAACUGGGUGUCUGAGGGUCCCACGGAGGAGAAUGCUGUAUGUGUCAACUGCCAGAACAACAGCGUUGGCGAUAAGUGUGAGAGCUGCCUCAGUGGCUUCUUCCUGCUUCAGGGGAAGUGUGAGAAGUGUCAAUGUAAUGGCCACGCAGACACGUGCAAUGAGCAUGACGGUACGGGUUGUCCGUGCCAGAACAACACCGAGACCCCCUCCUGUCUCAGUAGCCCGCAGAGUGACCGCAAGGACUGUUACAGACAACAGUGUGCCAAGUGCAAAGACUCCUUCAACGGUACGCCAGUGAAUGGUCGUCAAUGCUACCGGCAAGUCAAUGUUGACACAGAGUGCUGCUUCGACCCCACGUCGCAGACCAACUGUUUCCAUGACCCGACCAUUCGCAACCUGCCACGGGGCCGCACAGUCUUUUUUGCCGCCCAGCCCAAGUUCACCAACGUGGACAUCCGAGUCACCAUUGACGUGACAUUCGGCGAGGUAGAGGUAUAUGUGUCCAACUCUCACGACACCUUCAUCGUAGAUGUAGACCGCCGCUCUGGUGUCCACACUAUCAAGAUUGAGGAGGAGUCGCGAGGGACUACAACGGCAGGGACGGACAAGGACUCGCCACCGUCCCCGAUGAAGGGGUUCGAAAAUGCCUCGUCUAGUCUGAACGGGGGCAUUCUUUCGUACAAUCCACUGCAGCUCCAAGCGAAGCCUUCGGGCUCAGAUAGAGAGAUUCGUGAAGAACGUGCCCAAGGCCUCAUUUCUUACAUUACCGUUUGGAAACCGCAGACUGUUUUGAUCGUUCGAGGUGUUCGCGACCGGGUGGUCAUCACCUUCCCACACGAGGUGCACUCUUUGAAGUCCAGCCGCUUCUACAUUGCCCUCCGAGGGGUUGGAACAGUGGGCAAUCAGGGCGAGUCCCAAGGCCUACUCUUUCUGCGUCAGGACCAAGCCCAUAUUGACCUAUUCGUCUUUUUUUCUGUCUUCUUCUCCUGCUUUUUCCUCUUCCUGUCAGUCUGCGUGCUCCUUUGGAAAGUCAAGCAGUUCCUGGACUUCCGGAGGGAGCAGCGGCGACACAUCCAGGAGAUGACGAAGAUGGCGUCGCGGCCCUUCGCCAAGCUCACCAUUUACUUGGAGCCGGACGAGCCGCAGCUCAUAUAUCUCCCGUCGACUGGCGGUGGGGGUGUAUCUGUCACACAUGCCCGCUCCGGUAAACUCGGAGGGGUGAUGGUGGGCCAGAGGGGCCGCACCGGACCUGUGUCCUACAAACACGACCUUGGCUCAGGACCCGCAGGGCACCACCAGCACCAUCUCACACCAGCCGGUGGCAACAACGGCCAACACUUGCCUUUGCAUUACCUGAACACCCACCACUAUGCUGGCACCACUGCUGGAACCCAAGCCUCUCUGCAACAUCACCCGUCCACUUACAGCGGCUAUCAGCAUUUCUGCCGUUCUGACCCCUUUCUCUCACAGCUCAUGGGCUUCUCCUACUCCUCCUUCAAGGUGGGGCCAAUCACUCUGGAGCCCACGGAUGAUGGAAUGGCUGGGGUGGCCACAGUCUUAUUUCAGCUCCCUGGUGGGGUCUUGGCUCCCAAUCGGGCCUGCUUGGGCUCGGCUCUAGUGACGCUGCGGCAGAAUCUACAGGAAUACUGCGGUCACGGCAAUGGUGGUGGGCACCCGGGGGCGGGGGGAGGCCGCAAAGGGCUGAUCGGGCAUCAGCACCUUACCACUAUGGCCGUGUAG